UUGGCGUUACGCAAGCUCUGCCGCGAUCUAGAAAUGCGAGCUGCGCGAGGCCGACGGCGCCAGACCGCUGCAGCUAAGAAGGGACUCGCGUCGGAAGGGAGCUGCCCGUCCUGCUAACCAAACAGCUGGAGCCGGACACACGAAAACCAAGGUAGUAGGAUCAUGAGAAUGAAGCAAUCAGCAUUUUAUAACCAUCUUGCACUGCUUUUCAUAAGCCAUUUUUUUUCUCAGAUACAAGCCAAUCAUGAGUCAUGCCCCCUUAUGUUGAAAAAUAUCGAGUCAAAGGUGGAUGAUUUGUGGCAAAGCUUGCUCCAUCCAGUUGCACUGGCAGCAAAAGAUAUAAAGGAAGUGUAUGCAAUUUGUGAAAUGAAGCCAAGCAGUACACUCGAGGCUGAGAAGCCACAGGUGACUGGACAGGUGCUCUUUAAGCAGACAUACCCCAGUGGGCAUCUAGAAACAAUAAUCAGUUUGGUUGGGUUCUCAGAAUCAGAUAAUCAGGCCAGAGCAAUUCACAUUCAUGAGUUUGGAGACCUGAGUAAUGGCUGUGAUGCUACAGGUGGUCAUUUCAAUCCAAUGAAUGUCAGUCACCCUGGACAUCCAGGAGAUUUUGGAAACUUUACUCCUAAAAAAGGAAAAAUUAAAAAGCACAGGAAAAACAUCAAGGCAACCAUGUUUGGUCCAAAUUCAAUCUUGAGCCGGGCAAUUGUGAUUCACGAGCAGCAAGACGAUCUUGGUGAAGGAGGCAACCCAGCCAGUCUGAUAAAUGGAAAUGCUGGCAAACGAUUGGCAUGCUGUGUCAUUGGGAUUGGCGGCAAGACACUGUGGCAGAGUACAUUCCUUAGUCUUACAGGAAAUUCAAUGAAAAGAAAUGCGAAAGGCUCAGAAAGGAAAUCGUCUUGAACAUUAAAGGGAUUUUAUUUUGUUGUAAGUUUAUGAGAUGUUACUCCAUUUAAGCAUGUUUUUUUGGUGUGAAAUACCAGGAUUACUACUUUCACUACACUUAUUUUUACUUGCUUAUAUGUUUCUCAGACAUUUUUAAAAUUGCUCAAAGUAAACAUUUUUUUUACUUGUUUAGUAGUGUAAAACAAUAGCCAGCUGUUAACAAUGGUCUUUUAUGUAUGUUUUAAAUACAUGUAUUAGUGUAAUCCACAAAACUACGGAGUACAUUUUUGCCAAGGUGAUGUGAAGUGAUUAACAAAUACAUAUAUUGUUAUGCUUUGAAAUAAUGCAUUUGAAUGUAUUGUGGAAAUAUAAAUUAAGAAAACAUAGUUUUUUUAACAAAAAGUUUCCACUUGAGCGACUUUAAGUAUAAAAGCUGUGAUGCACAAUCUGUGCAUGUUAGAAAAUUAAGCAAAAAAUGAUGUUGUGGGAUUCAAGGGUACAAAUAAAAGUUUAUAUUUGUAGGAAGUCUUAUAUUCAAACUGUAUUCAUAUUUAGUCAUUAUAACAUUUUUAGUAUGUCUUCUCUUUUUGUUUUAUGAUUCUUUGUCUUAGUAAAGGCAUGGCAAUGCAUAUUCAUGGUUGCUUUGAGUUUCUAGAUGCCCAGAAGAACUUUAAGGACUGAAGACACACAUUUAGGUUUAUAAGUACUCAAACACUUUGUGUGAUGCUAUACUGGCACACCAUAAAAUAGAGAAUACGAUUUUUAAUAUUCAAGAUAAAUACAGUAACAUUAUAAAACAUAUAUAUAUGGAAACAGAUCAUAUUUUACCAAAUGCACAAUACAAUGAGGUGAAAUUGCAAGUAGUAUAAGAUAAAUUGUAUAAGGUGAAGGGUGCUGUUAUUCAGAUGACUUCAGUCUCAGCAAUUACUGGAAACAAAUAACAACCAGUGUCUUGAACAUCCCAGGAUGCCAGUGGAUACCUGACAGGCGGCAUGAUGCAGCUGUGGCAUCUGCUGUCACAUGAAUUUAAUUCAUUUUCAAUCAAGGAAAGCAUAUUGUACUCUUGUGAUUAUCAAUAGUAGGCUGCGGAGAAGCUUGCCACUGACAGCCUGGAUCUACAGUGGCCCCAUGGCUUCCUUAACAGGCAAAUACAGCUUCACCAUCAAUUACUAUGACAUGAGUGAUGUACGAAGCACUGAUGUGGAGAAAUCUACAUAAUUAUGCUAUAUUACACAAAAAAGAACAAAAUGUCAGAUUAGUAUGAUUUAUGUAAAUUUACAAUUAAAUGCAAAUAUAACACUAACACUCAAUUGUUAUACAAAAUAUGGUUUAAGCAAAAAACAUGGAGUCUUGUAGUGCUUUCUUUGAAAUAAAAUAAAGUAUUGUUUUUGAAUUAUAA